AUGUACGCCCGUUCUGCUGCUCGUACCGUGUCCCAGGCACGCGCGUUUUCCUCGUCGGCGUCCCGCCAGACGAAUGUUACCGUCCUCGGUGCCGGCGGUGGAAUUGGCCAACCGCUCUCCCUUCUCAUGAAGCUUGACCCCCACGUCAAGAAGCUCAACCUUUAUGAUAUCCGCGGCGCUCCUGGUGUUGCAGCCGAUGUAAGCCACAUCGACACUGGCAGCGAGGUUACCGGCUUUGCUGCAGACAAGCUCGACGAGGCACUUGAUGGUGCAGAAGUGGUUGUUGUUCCUGCUGGUGUUCCUCGCAAACCUGGCAUGACCCGUGAUGACCUUUUCAGCACAAACGCAUCGGUGCUCCGUGACCUCGCCUCCGCUGUUGCACGCGUUUCCCCGAAAGCACACCUUCUCAUUAUCACCAAUCCCGUCAACUCCCUUGUUCCCAUCGCGUCUCGUGUCUUCGAGAAGGCUGGUGUUUACGAUCCUAAGCGCAUCUUCGGUGUGAGCACGCUUGAUGUCGUCCGUGCCACGCGCUUCCUCGCAAGUGUCACUGGCAACGACCCCAAGAACACUCCGGUUACUGUUGUUGGUGGCCACUCUGGUGACACCAUCGUUCCACUUUUCUCGCAGUCAUCUUACGGCAAAGCUGUCACCGGCGAAGUGUACAAGAAGCUUGUGCACCGUGUCCAAUUUGGUGGUGAUGAGGUCGUUCAGGCGAAGGCAGGUGCCGGUAGCGCGACACUGUCCAUGGCUUUUGCUGGUGCCAAGUUCGCCGGCGCGCUUCUGCGAGGAAUUGCGGGCGAGAAGGGUGUUAUUACGCCUACCUUCGUUCGCAGCCCGUUGUACCUGGACCAGGGUGUUGAGUACUUUGCGUCCAAUGUUGAACUCGGCCCUAACGGUGUUGAGAAGAUCCACCCUGUCGGACCUAUCUCGGCAGAAGAAGAGGAGCUGCUCAAGGUUGCUCUCACUGGUCUCAAGCAGAACAUUGAGAAGGGCUACAAGUUCAUCGAGUAG